UUCAUUCAUUCCAACAAUAUUUGUGACUCAUAGAAUUGUUAAACAUAUUUUUAUAAAUUUGAUAAUGUAUACAGACGAAAACUCGGAUAGAGAAUGUGAAUUCGAAGAGUUCAGUCCCGACGAUAGCCCUAACGUUACAAAGAAGUCGCUAUCAACGGCAGGAUUCAGGAAUAAUAUUGACAAUCCGAGUGCAAGACCAAUGGCGCUGCGUGCUACACAAUCGUUAACAGGAACGGUGGAUGAACUCAAGUUAUGUGGAAACUUCCAAAUGAUUAACCUCAAUAGUAGGGUAAAUAUGACGCAAACGCCUAAAGCUGCACCAAUUUGUCCAUGUGGCUGCCUCCUUCGACCAGCGAUAACAGGACCCUUCAGAACUAGAGAAAAGAACACAUACGCCCUUCAUGUUGUAUCGCCCGAAGUUCUGACCCAUCACGGCUACAACUUCGAACCUACCCAAAUAGCAAUGUUUUGGAAAAAAGACUGCCGAAUGUUCUUAUGGAAAGGACGAUCAAAAAGAAACUGUUUACAAUCAGAAACAAAGUGAUGCUGUAUAUUGAAAAUGAAACUAAAAUAUAUUUUGUACAUUUUAAUUUAUAUGUAAAUGCAAAAUAAAUUUCUAUGAUUUAAAACUAA